AUGGAACUAUCGAAAUUACAAGUCAAGCUAUCGCCAGAAUUUUUCAAAAUUCUCGAUGAGCUGAUUAUCAAAAUCAAAAUAAUUUCAUCACUUCCAUUAGAUCCAAAUGAGUGUGAUGAAGAAGAUCCAAAUUUAGACUGUCCAGUUAUUCAUCCAACGAUGUUUAAACCAUGCAAAGAUAAGACUGUUCAAGCAUUCUUAGGUAAACAGAUGAUAAAAGAGAAGUGCGAUGAAGUUUGUGAGGUGCUGGAAAACCUUAGAAGAGAAUUAAAUGAGACAGGAACAUUUAAGACAUUGAUUGACUAUGUUGAUGACUUUUGUAAGCAGUAUUUGAAGGAUCUAGCAAUAUUUGAGGAAUAUGAUGAAAAUGUCAAGGCUUUGAAUAAAGUUAAGAAGGAUAUGAUUCAAUUUAAGAAAGCUACAGUUCAACGGAAACGAGAAUUGGACAAUGAAGUUUACAAAACAACUUUAAGCUACUACAAAACACAACAGGAUGCUUUAGUUGAUAUAAAACUUACUUCAAAUUGGAUUGAUGCUCGCGUUCGACAAAAGGAACUGAUGGAGUCAAUAAAAUUGGAAAAAAUAAACAAAAGUGCAGAAAAUUUUGAAUUUAUGGCAAUAAAAGAACAAAGUUGUGGAAAUGCUAUUGAAAGCUUCUAUGAAUACAAAAUCAAAGAACUUUAUGACGAAGCAUCUCGUAUAUCAGCUUUGUAUGACAAGAAAAUGGAAGAACUUGAGCUUAGGUUUCAAAUAGCAAAGAAUGAAAGACGUGAAUCUGAAGUGAUGGCUGAUAAUGAGAAGAAACUUUUCGAGUCUCGUCAAAAGCAAAUCGACGAUUAUCUUGCACACAAGGCAAAAGUAGCAGCUGACAAAAAGCUGCGUGAAUUACAGGAAGUAAAAUCGAUAACGAUUCAAGCAUGGUGGCGAGGUGUCAUGGUUCGAUGUUAUUUAGGCUCUUUUAAGAAAUUUAAGAAACGUGCACGAAAAAUUCGACAAGAAAUGAGAGCUGCAAAAAGUCAGAAAAGUAAAAACAAGAAAAAGUAAAAGAUUUUUGAUCCUUAAAGGUGCUGUGAAUAAAGCGC